AUGGUUUCUAUCCAGCCCAACAUGCAGAUGCAGGAUGACCUCGCUGCCCUCUUUUCCCGAAACCUCACCUUCAACCCAGAGCCUAUUCCCGCCCCGGCGCCCAUCCCUCAAGAGCACCACCCAGAACCUGCCAAGCCCAUCGUCUACUCAUCUGUUCACUACACCCACUCUGCCCAUAUCGCGAGGCCCCAAGUAGCCCCUCAAGAGCAGCCUCGACCUUCCUCAGAACCUCCCCAGACCGAGGGCCCCAGUGUCGAGACUAUCCUGCAAUACCAUGGCGUGAACCCAAAGACACUUACACCCUCUCAAAUCCAGCUGUUCAAGGUCGCCGAACCUGCACAGCAGGAGAGACUCAUUGAACUUUGGAACAUCUGCCCUCCUAACAACGGAGGGGAUAUUCCCGCUCUGGCAUGGAGCAGCACCAGCGUCGAGCAUGAGGAGCAACUCGCUCGCCUGCGAUAUGACAACUUGACUGGGCGGAACCAGCCAGUCAUGAGCUUGGACGGCACUCCAGUUCAAGCAGGUGACGGUAGGUGGGUUCAACAGCCGGAGGAGGACAUGGAACCCUACAUGGCCUCGGGCUAUGAGGAACUUAUGCGACGAGAGCGCGAGCGACAAGCCAUGGACAGCCAGCCUAGGAGCACUUAUGAGUCUUACACCCACGCUACGGACCCUGUCUACAUGGGCCCCGACUUUGCCCGUCAACAGCAGAUGAUGGAGAUGGCGACCCAGUAUGGCGCCUAUCAAGGUUUCCGAGCGCAGGAGGCGGACUCAAUGGAUGUUAUGUAA